AUGUAUUGGGAGCCUGGCCGUCUUCUUGGACACGACAACAAAGCACGGGUUUUGGUUUCUCACUCUCCGACCUUCCUCACCCCUGUUGACGCUGGUUCCGAAUAUUCUUCGGGAACUUGCCAUAGUCACAUACCUAUUUAUAGGCGCCCAAGAAGCGUAGGGCUUGGCUGGGGUGGCUAUGACCUGUACAACGAGUGGCAGUAUCUCAGGAGACAAGCCAAGAAAUAUGUUCCCGAAAGGGACUACCCGACAAGAUCCGCUGCCUCAAAUGUUAGCUUUACGUCCGAGGUUACGGGGGUUCACACCGUGAGCAUCGGGAGUAGGACGAUCAAGCCAUGGGAAAACAUUGGCCAGGAUAGAAGUCUGUGGAUGGAGAUCAACCAGAAAGAGGAUCGCAUGGACAACGCUUUGCCUCCAAGAAUCAAGAGAAAGUAG